CGCUGGUAUAAAUACGUAACAUUCGAGACAUUUGGAUCAACACAAGCGUUGUACAAAGAGACAACAUUUUGAACAAAAGCAGUUUAAAUACUCACUCCGAGAUGCAGCACGUUACAUUGAUACUUGUUCUCUUUGCAGUAGGAUCAUCAGCCGUGGCUGGUGAUGGGGUCUUAAACGUCUCCUCACCCAGCUUGCACUCGAACUGGAAGAAAGAAAUGGACCGGCGUUCCCAGUUGAUGAGCGACUACUCGAUGUUACUGCAAGAGGGAAGGAGGUCGUUAAUGACGUCACGGAAGAAAUUCAGAACUCCAACAUCUUCCCAGAUGAUCAGGGUUUUAUGAAAAGAAUCGUAUCCUUGGAGACUGCUGACGGCGAAACUGCAACGCCAGGUUCAGGAGGAUUAUGGAGGGUUUCUAAGAGGGCCUUUGAAGACACUCAGAACAAGGGUGAAACAUUGCACAAGCGCCUGCAAGCCAAGAAAGAUUUGAUCCAAGCAAAUUGGGGUUUGGACUGGAACAAUGUAGAGUACAGAGAUCUGGAUUCACCAUUCAUAUCUGGUCUUGCGGCUCGUCUUUUCAUAUCAAAUGACCCCAAUCCACUCCCAGCUGAGGAAGAGCUUGACCUCCAGGCACGAUACUGGAUUGACAACUACCACAAAUCAGUUGAUGCUGAUGAAGCUGUUGCUACACUUAAACGAGCUAGUCGAUUGGGUAGUGAAAAUCUCAAGAAGAAUUUGGAAACAGGGAAGGUUGACUUCAAAGCUAGAAUUGGACAAUGGUAAAACCAACAAGGCAUUAACAGGACAAAAUGUCACCACUACAGAGGUGCAACAAUUGUUACAUAUGUUAGCACCGUUUGUAAUCUAGUUGGAUAGCCCUGACCUUGACAAUUUUACUUUUUCAGACCUCAGUAGGUAUUUUGUGAUUAAGCUGAAUAAAGGAACCAAAAACCAAAAAUAAACUUUUUUGAUCUUUGGAAGGUUAUUGAAGGUUGAGCAAAGGUUAAUCUCAAAUCUGAAGUCAGAUUUGAAGUUUUGAGAACUGCUUUUAUUUAUCAUCAGGAAUAGCCAUGAUUAAAAU